AAAAUUUGGUGAAAUUAAUGAGUUAUAACCAAACGGUGAAAUGAACGACAAACGAUGUACUAUGUUUUAUGUAUACCGCGGUUUAACUACGUCCUACACAGUACACGAUAAUAAAAACACGAAGGAACAAGGAAAUAAAAACCGAAGUCGAUAUAACAGCCUUACGAUGGCAACAGGCAAGACAAUGAAUUAUGGAAAAUGAGGAUAAUGGAUUAUUGAUAUGUAUAAUUUAUAAAUAGAUUUUGACGUAGAAUCAUUGGUUUUUAACAGUGAUAUAGUGAGAUAGACAUUGUCUAUUUUAUCUCUCAGUGGUUUUUAUUAUUUAUGGCCAAAAAUUAUAGAUUUUAUUAAAUAUUUGAUUUUUCCAUGUUUAAUAAAAUUGUAAAAUACGUGAUUUAUAAUAAUUAUUUUUAAAAACUUAAUAAGAUCGUAUUAUUUAAAGGUUUGGUGGGGGAUCGUACUUGUCUCUAAAUUAUCGUAUUUCCCCACCAAGAUCGUACCAUUUGGCAGCACUGGAUAUGAAUAUAAUUACCGGGUUUUUAUUUAUAAAAUAAUUAUGCGACGAGUAUACUUGCGCAAUGCGCAUGCACAAAAUAUAACGCGUAUAUUGUACUUCAAAUUGUUUACGUAGGCGAGAAUACAGAUAGGCAGCGGCCAGGCAGGGGAUAAAUUUGUUAUCAUAUAUAAAACCAUUGAUAGUAUUUUAAUCAGUUUUAUUUAUUGUUUUUGUACAUUUUGACGGAAUUACCCUUUUAGACACUUAACUGUCUAUUAUUAAAGUACAACAAAAAUGAGAUAAAUUACAAUAGAAUAUGUGGACACAGUCGCCACAAUCGUCUAUUCGUUUCAAACUGUCUAGCUGACGUAUUUCUUGAAUUUUGGUUUAUGUUCCCGAAUAAAAUCGCCUAAUAGAUACUCAGAAUUUGUCCACCUCCACCAUCGGUCAUUUGUGUUCAGAAAAUGGAUGAACCUUCUACCAGUUCAAAUUUGUGCAAGAAAUUAUCGUAUUCCAUACAUUCCUAUUCGAGUUUUUUGCCGACUUACGCACCAGAAAAUAUUUUACAAGAUAAUCAAAAAGAUCAAAGUUCUAGAUGGUCUUCGAUUUCCAAUAGUCCACCUCAAUAUUUAAUUUUGAAGCUACAAAACACUUCCAUUGUAAAGUAUAUAAAGUUUGGCAAGUAUGAACGACCACAUGUAUGUAAUUUAAAAAGAUUCAAAGUUUAUGGUGGGUUGGAAGAUGAUACAAAAAUUGAAUUGCUCUAUAGUGGUCUCAGCAACAAUAGUGAAAUAGAAACAUUUAAUUUACGCCAUACUCUUGAAAAUAGUACAAUGAUACCUGUAAGAUAUAUCAGAUUAGAACCUCUUGAAUCCUGGGGUUCAAAUUUUAAUUACAGUCUUUGGUAUGUCGAGUUACAUGGCAUUGAUGAUUCUCAUAUUAUAUCUAAUGAAAUCUCUAGAUUUUAUCAAUUUCGAGAAGAAACAUUAAUACGAUUGUGUCUCAAACAUUUUCGUCAAAACCAUUAUGACCUAGCUGCCAAUGUUCUCUUACAUAGUUCUCAUGUAACAUUAGAACAUCCGUUUUUAUCACAAUUAUAUGAAACAAUAGUUACUCAUGGAAAUUAUGAGAUGGCUGAGAUUUCAAUGGAUCAAGCAAUAAAUGAUGGCUUUUUAGAAGGUUUUAUGAAGAGUCAAAGUUUCAAACCUGUUUGGAGUUUGGUUAAAGAGCAUGGCAAUGCCAGUAAAAAAAAGCCAUGUAUGCGUGGAGGUCAUCAAAUGUGUAUUGAUUCAGCCGCUGGUAUUAUAUAUCUGCUUGGUGGAUGGGAUGGACAAAAGGAUUUGUCUGAUUUAUGGUGCUUUACUAUCGCAACUGGUACAUGGCGUUGUAUUUCAGUCAAUGUAGAAGAGCAUGGUGGACCAAGUCCACGGUCAUGUCAUAAAAUAUGUAUUGACAUGGAAAGGAAGCAAAUUUUUGUUUUAGGAAGAUUUUAUGAAGUUCAGUCGUAUAUUGGUGAUUAUCCUCAGAGUGAUUUUUAUGUCUAUGACAUAGAACAAAAUCAAUGGACUCUUAUAUGUGCUGACACAAGUAUAAUGGGUGGACCUAAAUUAAUAUUUGACCACCAAUUGGUUAUGGAUUCCAUAUCGUCAACUAUUUAUGUAUUUGGUGGUAGAGUGGUAGCGUCUUCUUCUAGAUGUGGUGCUAACGAAUCUCAUAAACAAAAUCCUGAUUUUUCAGGUUUUUACAAAUAUCACGUCCCAACCAAUACAUGGACAUGUAUUCUGCCUGACACAUACCACGAAAUCAAAUAUCUAGAUGGAGUUGUGACACACAAUCCACAGUCAGUAGCAUCACGUGGAGGACAUUCUAUAUUAUUACAUUCAAAAUUGAGACGGAUAUAUAUAUUUGGUGGUCAGCGACAAAGAAUGGUACAAAGAUGUCCAGAAUUCUUAUGGUAUGAUAUUGAAACAGGUAUAACACAAUCAAUGCCAAUGCCAGCAACUGUUGAUAAGCCACCAGUGGGAUAUACACAACGCGCAACAAUUGAUACUGAUAAUGAUGAAAUUUAUAUUUUAUCUAGUCUUAGUAAAGACAAAGAUCGCAAAGAAGAUAAAGUUCAAAAUGCAUUCUGGGUAUAUUUUAUUAAACAAAAUAAAUGGAUCUGCAUCUAUAAAAAUCACAAUUCUGAUGAACAAUAUUGGAAUAGAAUGCAACACAUAGAACCAUGUCCUCGUUUUGCAUAUCAAUUGGUAUAUGAUCAAAAGAAUAAGAUACACUAUUUAUUUGGUGGUAAUCCUGGGAAAGCUGAUGCUCAAAAUUUAAGAUUAGAUGAUUUUUGGGAACUCAAAGUGCAUAGAUGCACUAACACAGAACUCAGCAUCCAAUGCAAACUGUUGAUUCGGAAAUCCAAGUUUCAAGAAAUCAAAAAAAAAGAUAAAGUAGCUGCUAUGCAAUUCUUACAAACAUCUGUAUCGGAGCUAAUUAAUCAUUCCGACACGGAGCAAACUCGAGAAUUUCAGGAAACUGCAGCUCUAUUGUUUAAAGAUGAUAACCAAUCUGGUGAUAUUAGCGAUGAAAUACACAAGUGGCGUUGUAAUUUAUUUGACAAAUUAUGUAAUUUUUUUCCUAAAUCAAUGGUUCAACCUCAAGAAAAUUUAGUAGAUUUGAUUUCCUUAUAACUAGACCAUGUUUAAAAUUUUAGUUUUAACUUAACUUGUUUUGUUUAUUAUAUUAUUAGUUCCUUUUUUACCGUGUUGUUUUUCUAAUCUAAGUUUGUAAAAAGUAUUAUUUUAAUUGAAAAUGCGACUUAUUUUCAUCAUAAUUUGUCCCAUUAUUAUUAUUUGACAUUGAAUUUUAAAAUGAAUGCUACUGCAUUUUUUCAAAAAUGAACUUGACAUUAACAUUUUGUUGAUUACCAAAUUAAUUGGUAAUUUUUUAAUUAUUUAAACAUUUACAAGCAAUAAUAAUAUUUUUAGUAAUAUUGGUUGAC